GAAACCACGAAGAGUUGUUGUGUAGUUUUGUCUCCUCCGCGACGCCUUCCGCCACCAUCAUCCUCCGGUUGCUGUCAAAUCAUCUUCUCCGUCCGCCACCAUCAACCGCCGGUCGUCUACCCAUCUUCCGUCACCGUCCACUUGAAAUCUCAGUAUUAGAAGACAACAAAGUUCUUGGCAUCCUCCAAGCAAAACAAGAAAAAUCGUCGUGGUGGUGACGAGAAUGCCCCUGCUAGCGCCACGCACACCGGUGGUCUGUUGUCUUUUCGCGAGUCUCAAGCACGCCUUGGUAAAAGUAGACAAGCUUCUGACUUGUACUCUUCGUACACACACACAUACGAAGAAACAUGAUGGGAAGACCUACGUCAAUAUGAAGACAUAAAAAGUAUCACAAAACUACGUAGUCACGCAGGAGGCAGUUCGAGAAUAAUGCUUAAAUGUGACACGUGACCAGAUUUUUAUAUCUACAGUCGGAAGACAUGAUGCCAAAAAUCGUGUUCAUGGUGUUGGAGAUCUCGCACGAAGCCUACCACGAAUGCAUGCAAAGUAGGUUGCUAUGGAUGUUCUGUGAAAUUGAAAAAAUGGCAGCUUUCUGUAUUCGUGCUGUAAAAUUGGCGACGGAUUUGGCGAUGGAAUAUCAUUUCCGUCGCUUUACCGGUUCAGUGGGACCCGAUGGAUUCACCUUUGAUGAGAUUCGAGAUCUCGUUCUUGGCGAGGACGUCAAAAGAAAGAGUUCUGGGGAGUCAUCUGGUGAAUUGUUACAUGUUGGUGGGAGCAGGAACAGACAAAGGAGUCAGUCGAACACUCGUGAUAGCUCAGGUGUAACGUGCUGGAAGUGCAAGGAGGUCAUAGAUUCUGGUGCUUCAUUUCAUGCUACCCACAGCGGUGAAGCAUUGCAGAAUCUAGUUGUUGGGGACUUUGGAAAGACUUUGAAGGAUGUCAGAGUUGUUCCAGCCUUGAAGAAAAGUUUGAUUUCUGUCAGGCAGUUGGACGAACAGGGACAUGAGGUGAAGUUCAGAGAUGGGCAGUGGAAGGUCGUGAAGGGAAAUCUUUUCAUGGCCCGUGGAAAGAAGAGAUGUUCGCUAUAUAUGGUCGAGUUACCAUCUGAGGGAGUGACCGUCCCAGUUCAGAAGAGAAACAAAGUCCGGUUCACAGAGUCUCGUGGGCAGAAUAAGAUUAUCUAUGCAAGAGAGAAACCUAGAGACAUAGGUCAGACUCAGGAUGAACGAGUGAGGAAAGGUUCAAUGAGGCCAGUCAGAGGUAUUUGUAGUAGUGGGAGCUCAAGAGGCGCUUCAGCCAAGUUGCCUAGAAGACAGUGGGUCAGAAGAACCAGUAUUCCAGCUGUUGGAACAUUUCCAGAAAAUUUCUUGCUGAGUACGAAGAUUGUUUAUUCUCAGAAUGUUCCAAGAUCCGGCAGUGUGCGUCUGCAAAGGGAGCCGGUAGGGACCGAGGACGAGUCAGGGGCAGAUUUUUCCGUGACUGAUGUGUUGGAGCUUGGGAGAGCUUCAACGGGCCUUUCAGUUGUCUGAUGAUAGGGCCGCUGCAACAGGAGAGCUGAGGAAGAUUACUCAAUGUACAUGCGAUCGCGGCGGAUGGCAGUUGAUGAUUAUCAAUCCUCCAAGUGGGAGAAUGUUGGGCUUUGUGGAGGCUUGUUUGUCGGCCCGGCCCAGUUGUGCGUAGCCCUAGCUAUUUCCCUAUAUAUAGAGGGCUUGUAUUUGUAAUCUUUGCACCACCCCUGCCCCCACCAGGCGACCUCUACAGAAUAAAGCUCUAUAAUGAAAAUUUGGUUUUGAU